CUGAAGUUAAUUUAGUUGUGGUAAACGCGUAGAAAAACAUGGACGUUUAGAAAUGAGCUACUAUAAUUAGAUUUUAACCUAUUCUAAAAAUUGUUGGAAUAAUUUUAUUUCUUUCAUCAAAAAAUGCCCGCUUAGUACGCAGACUAAAGAAAAACUAUCAAGAAAUGAGAAGCAAGGAUUUAAAGAAAGUAUAAGGAUGAGAUAAUCAAAGCUUAGAAUAUCCCCAAAUAUGCUACGUUGUUAUUUUGAAAUUUAGUGGGAUGACCAUGGUCAAUAAAGGGGAUACUCCUGAUUCUGCCAGGGCAUGGGCCAUCGCAAUUGCAGACGGCUUCAUCAAUGCCUUGUUGUCCGGCCUGACCAGAGCUACUGGACUCCUAUACGUUGCUCUCAUCAACACCUAUGGGGCAUCCAGGUUCCAAGCGAACUUACCUUUCAGUAUCAGGGUGGUCGUCAGAAAUCUGGCCGGACCUGUUGUUGGAGCUUUAGGUCAGCGGUUUGGAAUCCGAAAUGUUGUUCUGAUCGGUGGUGUUCUAGCCUCUGUUGGGAUACUGCUCUGCACUUUUGCAACCAGCAUCACGUGGAUCACAUUCUUGUGGGGCGGAGUGCAUGGUUUCGGCGUUUCUCUAUGUGGCUUAGGAUUACUUGCAGUAACACAGUGGUUUGACAAAUAUAAGGCCACAGGUGUUGGCCUCGCAUUUUCUGGAUCGUGCUUCGGUUCUCUGGUUCUGCCUCUCUUCAUAGAGUACGCUCUGGGAGGUUUCGGACUCUUUGGCUGCUUUCUGGUGACAAGCGCUCUAAUACUGAACGUUUUACCUGCUGCUAUUAUCAUGAGGCAGCCAUCAUGGAUGCUGAAAAAGACAAGGACGCUUUCACAAAUCAGCCUGCCACCCUUUGAGACGAAUACCAUAUUCGAAAAGACUGUCGUUCAAAGUAAGACGUCCCCUAAAGUAUUUGGUUUAAGUUUCACGCAACGGCGUUUCACGGGAGAACUGAUCGAGAAAGAAGAUGGUAAGCUGAAAUUGCACGAAAACGAUAGCCUGGCAAACGCUAAUGAAGGAAUAAGCAAUCCGGUUUAUGAAAGUGCUUGGGAAGAAUUAGCAGAAGUCAAUAUAUAUCAGAAAGAAAAUAAAAAAGCCACAGCAGAAAAGAAACCCACACUUCCUUCUAUGCCAGAUGAUGUACGACAGGAAACGUCCAUUUUAAAAGCCAUCCGCAUUCUAAUCUGUGACCCAAUUUUCUACAUGAUCAGCCUCUCAUUGGCUGCAAUGGCAAUGAUUCUUGAUCCAGUGUUCAUCAUACUAGUUGACUUCAUGUUGGAUAAAGGAUUCACAGAGAAAGUUGCCAAGUAUUUCAUCAGCGCUUUAGCCAUUGGAGAUUUGAUUGGAAGGUUAAGUUUCGGUUGGGUGACAGACAAAAAGUUUUUAACUGUCAGAACUUACAUGAUGUUAAUGCAAAUGCUACAAGGUACCUGUUUCAUGCUGCUGCCGAUUUUUGAUGGCUUUUAUGUUUUAAUGUUCAUGGUGACUCUUUUUGGUGCAAUCACUGGAGCAGCUUUGGUUAUGAUACCAAUUCUUGUUCAGACGUAUCUGAAAUCAGUGCAGUCUUUAGCCAUGGGGUUCAUCUCUUUUAUAACUGGAAUGGCAACGCUGACAGUUCCUUAUCUGAUUGGUUAUUUUCGUGACGAAAUUGGUUCGUAUAAUGGAGUGAUUUAUGUCAGUGGGGGAAUCACAAUUACCGUUGCUUUUCUGUGGUUUUCAGAGCCACUACUGUUGAAAUGGAGAAUAAAACUCAAUGAAGGAAAACAAGUUACUGCAGAAGGUGCUUAAAAGAAUGUAUACUAUGUUUAUGUUUAUAUAUAUAUAUAUGUAUCAUGUCUUUAUAUUAAAAGAUAUUUAAAAU